AAUAUAGGGCAAAAACUGGUACAACUAUCUGUAAAUCGCCCAGGGCUGUUCGACUUACAGAAGUCCGUUAAGUUAAACACGGCUUCUUGAUGUUAUUAGUAGCAACGUUGUUGUAAGAAGCUCGCAUAAAACGUUUAGCAGUACGACGGCAAGAAAGCACUUUUUCAUAGAAACAUGGACCACGUAGUAACUGUCGCCGCGCUAGCGCUUUGCGCUUUCCUCGCCGCUCCAGUCGUCGGAGAAACUUGUGAGGAACUCAAGGCACAAUGCGACGAGCUGCACCGUGGUGAUGACGGCUACACGAAUCGCCUGCUGCCUUCUACUGCCGACAGCUCCAUGUGGCCGGUAUCCGCGGCGGAUCUUCAAAAAUAUCGACCGUUUGGCGACGCUUACUGCCGCCGGGGCGUGGACCUGGGAAACUGCAUGAAGAAACUGUAUUCCCGUUGUCUCGAGGAAUACGACCGCGAGAAGAGCGUCUACAAUGGAUGGUACGGACCGGAAUGGCAAAUUAUCACAGGCGGACUGUGCAAUACAACCAUCGGACCGGUGAAGUUCUUCCGCGCUGUCACACACUGCUCACUGAAAAACAGAAGCAAGUUCUUCUCCUGCUGUUUUCUGAAAGCGCAUGCCCCACAUGAACAGAAUGGAAACGCAGCCGUUGCCCAUCAGAAUAUCUGCGCGGAACUGAAAGCAACCGUUGAACGCCUCAGUGGUGCGGAUGGUGCAGAAAUUGGCGGAAAAUGCGGUCAAGACGCCGUGGAUACACUUAAGGAGGCGCAUGAGCAGCUGCAAGCCGGCUACUGCUCCAAAUCAUAAAAUGGGUGUACUUCACAAUAAUUUAGUUACACUGUGCGCCAUCCAUGUUUUGACCGAUCAGUAUAGUUGCUAGUACAGAUAUAUACCAUCGCAAGUGGUUGUGGUGCAGGAUAACGGAUGAGUCGAAUGGGUAUCACUUGAUGGCGUGAAAUAAAUACACACUAUGAAGUAUGAUUGCGGUAAAGGGUUGGCUAUAAAAGAU